AUGUCUGCUGUUACGGGCACCUUCCGCAUCGUCUCGGAGGAGGAGCAGGCCCUGCGCACCAAGCUGGAGCGCCUCACCACCAAGGACCACGGCCCCGUUUUUGGGAGGUGCCAGCAGAUCCCCCCGCACACCCUGCAGAAGGCAAAGGACGAGCUGAACGAGACCGAGGAGCAGAGGGAGGCGGCGGUGAGGGCGCUGCGGGAGCUGGUGCAGGAGCGGGCCGGCGGCGAGGACGUCUGCAAGGCGGUGGCCGAGAAGAUGCAGGGCAAGGACGACUCCUUCUUCCUCCGCUUCAUCCGCGCCCGCAAGUUCGACGUCCACAGGGCCUACGACCUGCUGAAAGGCUACGUGAACUUCCGCCAGCAGUACCCCGAGCUCUUCGACAACCUGACCCCCGAGGCUGUGCGCAGCACCAUCGAGGCGGGCUACCCCGGCAUCCUGGCCAGCAGGGACAAGUACGGCCGGGUGGUGAUGCUCUUCAACAUCGAGAACUGGGACUACGAGGAGAUCACCUUCGACGAGAUCCUUCGUGCCUAUUGCGUUAUCUUGGAGAAGCUGCUGGAAAACGAAGAGACCCAGAUCAACGGGUUCUGCAUCAUUGAAAACUUCAAGGGCUUCACCAUGCAGCAGGCGUCAGGGAUCAAACCUUCCGAGCUCAAGAAGAUGGUGGACAUGCUACAGGACUCCUUCCCAGCACGCUUCAAGGCCGUGCACUUCAUCCACCAGCCUUGGUACUUCACCACGACCUACAACGUGGUCAAACCGUUCCUGAAAAGCAAACUGCUGGAGAGGGUCUUUGUGCACGGCGAGGAGCUGGAGUCCUUCUACCAGGAGAUCGACGCUGACAUCCUGCCGGCAGACUUCGGUGGCAACCUGCCCAAGUACGAUGGCAAAGCAACUGCAGAGAAGCUCUUCGGGCCCUGCAUCGAAGCUGAAGACACGGCUCUCUAA